UUACGUAAACGAAAUCUGAAAUGGGGGUUGGGUUAACAGGGGUAUUUUUGUCAUUUGCCAUAACGACAUUGUUUUCAUCAUCAUUUGCUCAAACUUGUUCUACCUAUGCCUUUGCAAGCAACAAGGUUUUCAGUGCCUGCAAUGACCUCCCAGUUUUAAACUCUUUUCUCCAUUAUACAUACAACCCAUCUUCCAAAACACUCAGAAUCGCAUAUCGCCACACCAACAUCGGUUCUUCACGAUGGAUCGCAUGGGCAAUCAAUCCAGCUUCUCAAGGCAUGGUUGGCUCACAAGCACUUGUGGCCUUCCAGCAAUCCGAUGGCAAAAUGAGAGCGUACACGGCGCCUGUUACAGGUUACACCACGCAGUUGCAAGAAGGCGACCUGAGUUUCCCUGUUUCUGACUUAUCUGCCACUUAUUCCAACAACGAGAUGAUUAUUUUUGCUACUUUGAGUCUGCAAAAUGCGAGCACGAUCCUGAAUCAAGUUUGGCAAGAUGGUCAGCUUUCAGGAAGUUCCCCUGUGGCCCAUGCAACCUCUGGUGAUAAUGUUAAAUCUAUGGCAUCAUUAAAUGUUCUUUCAGGAGAGUCUGGGAGUGCUCCAGCAGCCCGAAGCAGUUCAAAAAACAAGAAAAGAAAUAUUCAUGGAGUACUUAAUGCAAUCAGCUGGGGUAUUAUGAUGCCUCUAGGGGCUAUACUGGCAAGAUAUGUAAGAGUGUUUGAAUCAGCCGACCCUGCUUGGUUUUACCUUCAUGUUACUUGCCAAACCGCUGGAUACAUCAUCGGAGUUGCCGGCUGGGCCACCGGAAUCCGGCUAGGAAGCCAAUCUCCGGGAAUCCAGUUCACCUCCCACAGAGUUAUCGGCAUCAUCCUUUUCUGUUUGGCCACCCUCCAGGUGAUUGCUUUGCUUGUGAGGCCAAAGAAGGAUCACAAAUACAGAAUAUAUUGGAAUCUAUAUCAUCAUUCACUUGGAUACAGUAUUAUUGUUCUUGGAAUAAUUAAUAUAUUCAAAGGCUUUGACAUUUUAAACCCAGAGAAGAAAUGGAAGAGAGGGUAUACAGGAAUUAUCAUAGGGGUAGCCAUUGUAGCGCUGGUUUUGGAAGCUUACACAUGGUUUGUGGUUUGGAGGAGGAAGAAGGCUGAAAAAGCACAGAAGAUGAGUAAUGGUAGAAAUGGGCAUAACGGAUAUGGAGGGGUUACUAAUGGGAGGGUUUGAGUCAUGACACUCAAAUUGGUUUGAUGAUUUUGCUCUUUUUUAUUAUUACUAUUUUUAUUCUUAUAUUUUUCUUUUCUCGUAUAUACAUUUGGUGAUUGGUAUAUAAUACAAUAUUUUAGGCUUAUUGUUGAAUAGUAUUGUAUCGAUUAAACAUACAUAGAGAUGGAGUUUAGGGUUGUACGCAUUUGGUUCUAGUGCUUAAGUAUAUAAUAUACAAAUGAAUUUUGUUUGUAUACAAUCUUUCUAUUUAUCUAAGGGCCCUGAUUUUUCCACGGAAACUUUUCAAUCAUCCACUGAAAAAAUUAUAUAUUGACACUUAUACCCUUAAUUUAAUUAAUAGAUAAUGAAGUGAGAGAGUACAAGAAUGUCCGAUUAUUCCUCAUUCCUUCUUCCUCCUUCGCCGAUACUUCUUCAGUCACCGAUGCUUCUUCGCUCUACACCAUCUGCUUCGUCCUCCCACUCUUAAAUGGUUAGUGAACAUGAAUACAUAUAUAUAUUGCUUCUUCCUCCCACUUCAACACCACUCAUUGAUCUAGAAUUCCCGUCGCUAUGCUCCAGAAAUUGACGCUUUCCUCCUAUCAUUCAUCCAAAAAUUGAUCGAUGUAUGUGUGUGUUCUGGUGCUUACGCUCGAAUCUAUCGGUUUAUGUGUGUGUUCAUCUGCAAUUCCCGUCGGUAUGCUCAAUCGAAGGCCCCUCCUUGACCUAGAACACUCGAUGGAGUGUUUAUAAUUCCCGUCGGUGUGUGUUCAUCUUUAAUUAUCGAUUAGUAUUUGUGUGUUUGCGUGUUAAUCUGAAGUUCAUUGGAUAGGUAGGUUGCUCUGUGAUUAUGAGAUGUUCUUUUUUUUUAACAUCUAAUUGGUAUUCUUAAUUGAUUGGUUAUGUUUCUAACACCCGUCAAAGGUUCUUAGAAAGAUUGUUUUCUUUUUCAAUGUUGUGUCAUGUGGAUUGAAUAAUUUCUUGUCGUUGUUUUGCGAAGAUAGAUCUCUAAAAUGAUAGAAUCAUUGAAUUAAUUUCUUUGCAA